AUGGCUGUAAGUGAUAAAACAGAAUCUUUAGAAGAUUUAUAUUAUAAAGAAGCUAAAGAAAUUGGAUUAACAAUCAUCAGAGAUAAAGCUAUUUGGGAACAUAAUAUUAACAAUUAUGAAGAAAUAAUGAAACUAGAAAAGAAUGAACGAAAACAACUAUAUUUCGUGCAAGGACUAAUUAGAUUUGAUGAUUUUUAUAUCCAUAUGGAAUUCGAGAAAUUUGGGGAGGAAUGA